GUAUUUUCGUUGAAAGUAAUGGAUAAAAUUGCACAAUGCAAGCUGUGCCUGGAAAAGCCUGCAAAUAUGCAGCUGGACGUUAAGAAAUUUCAACCGACAACAGCUAUGCUGCAAAAACUUUUCGAGUUGUACAAUAUUGAGGCCGUUGUUGAUGAAUUGGGCAACAGCAUCUGCGACUAUUGCAUGGCUGAAGUGCUUAACAUGUGUGAAAAUCUACGCUGCUGGCAGCAGGCGCAAAUGCAAUACAAAGUCAAUGGAGUGACGAAAGAGGCGGCCUUUUUGGAAUUUAAUCUAAAUGUUCUUAUUCAAAAGGAUGGAGAGGAAGACCAGGAGGAGGAGAACCACGUAGAGCAAGUGGAUGCAAGCAAAGAGUUGUAUGUGGAAGAGUACGAAUUUCUCGAUGACAAUCAAAGUGAUAAGGAAUCAUAUGGAACAGAUACCAAGGAUGAAAAUAUUGGCAUUGCAAUCGCGGCCGAAGGCUUUGUGCUUGGUAAAGUAGCCAAGGGACAUUUUGGAGCCGAAAUAUCGUGCCACUAUUGCAAUACGCAGCUAGCUACCAUAAGGAGGUUACAACAGCACGUUCACAAACAUAGCAGCUUGACUUACAUGUGCCGCAGUUGUGGGACAUCGUUUGAGACCCCAACCGAAUUGCAGCAGCACCAGAUAAUGGAGAAUCAUAGCAGACCAGCAGGUGAUAAACAGGAUGCGGUGGAUUUCCGCUGUCAACAAUGUGGACGCGUGUUUGAACGAUUAUUUUGCCUGUGCCGGCACGAGCGAGAAGUCCAUUUGAAUGAGGCAGAUUACUUUAAAUGCGAUAAUUGCGACGAAGUAUUUAAAUACAAACAAAUUUACGAGAAGCACCUGAAGAAACACCUUGGCAUUGCAGAGAAGCCUACGUUGCGCUUCACAUGUGCAACUUGCAACAAGUCCUUUUCUCGCCGCUUCCAACUGACCACGCAUGAGCGCCUGCACACUGGCGAGAAGCCGCACAAAUGCGAUGAGUGUGGCAGACUGUUUGCACAUCGCGGCAAUCUGGUGCUGCAUAAACGCAAUUUGCACGCCGGCGAGCGCCGUUUUGAGUGUGAUAUGUGUUUGGCCCGUUUCUCGACGAGCACACACUUGAAAAAGCAUCGAAUGCACCACCAGCCAACCAAUACAAGCAAUAGCAAGAGAACCAAACUUUCAAAAUAGCCUCUUCUGAUCUCCGUAGAUCAGCUCCAACAUGUUCCAUAGCUGUUAAAGUGCCACAGAAAUAGUUAAAUUGUUUAUCUUAUAAGUAUCUGUAUCUAUCUAUGCAUAUUAAAUAUUAUUUCUAUUAGUUUUAACAAA